CAAGAAUUCAUCUCAGCCCUGAGCAGAACCUGCAGUAUGGGUGGCUGGCUUAUAUGUUGGGAGACAGAACUACAAAGAGGUUCACUGAACGCAGCAAAGUCUUUACAGUGGAGGGGAACUUAUCCUCUGGGAAGGGCAAGCUUGCACAACAGAUAGCAGAAAAACUAGGCAUGAAAUACUUCCCAGAAGCUGACAUCCAUUACCUGAACAGAAUCACAGGAGAUGGAACGCUGCUGCCUGAGAAGUUUAAUGGUUUCUGUAACCUGGAGAGGUUUUACAACGACCCCAAAUGCUCUGAUGGACACUCGUAUCGACUGCAGGCCUGGCUGUUUGGCAAUCGUGUUUUGCAGUAUGCUGAUGCCUUGGAGCACCUGCUGAGCACAGGACAAGGUGUGGUGUUGGAGCGCUCUCCCUACAGCGACUUUGUGUUCCUGGAUGCAAUGUUUAAACAAGGCUAUAUCCACAAGCGAUGUCUUGAUCACUACAAGGAGAUCAAAGAUGUCAGCAUUGGUGAAUUCCUGCCACCUCACUUGGUCAUUUAUAUAGAUGUACCUGUUCCAGAGGUGCAGAAGAGGAUUCAAGAGAAAGGAGAGGCAUAUGAGAAAAAGGUGUCUCCUUCCUAUCUCCAGCACAUUGAGGAUGCUUACAAGAAAACCUUCUUACCAGAGAUCAGUGAGACCAGUGAAAUUCUGCAGUACACAGCAAGUGAGGCAGAGGAUGUGGAGAAGGUCAUUGAAGACAUCGAGUACCUGAAGUUUGACAAGGGGCCAUGGCUGGAGCAGGAUGAUGUUUCUUUCCAUCAUUUGAGACUUUAUGUUCAGGACAAAGAUGGAGUGCUGGAUCCUUCAGCCAUCCCUCUCUUCAUUCCAGAGAUCACAAUUGGAGGCACUGAGUUUGAUAAGACCUACUAUGAGUAUCGCUCGCUUCCUGGUCGCAAUUUCAGGCAAGGCUACAAUGCUGAUGUUGGUGACAAGUGGAUUUGGCUGAAAUGA